UAUGAUAGUAUGACAGAUAAUCGGUAUUACGUGCUAAUGGCGUUUCCUGUUUUUCUGCCACACGCAGGUUUCAGUUUCAUUGUUGUACGACAGGGAACUUCCCCUGAGUGUAUUUAGUUUGCUCACAGUCGCAGUACUGUAUAACUGUAGCAAGCAGAUGGCGAGAGGAAAGGAGUAAGUGCAAAGCGGGCAAUGGAAGAUGCAUUUUUAUCACUUUAUGAAGAAGUCCAGGUGCUCCAAACAAUAUGCAGAAAACAGACUGAACUUCUUGGAAAGCUGCUUGCAGUAAAAGGUAUUAGCAAUGAGAAGCCCAUUUCAAAGCCAAUCCAAUGCACUGAUGUAGGAGACCCUACAUGCUCGGAAUAUCCUUUCAUCGGAUUGCAAGAGAAGCAAGACUCAGUGGAAUCCUCCAAUACAAUGGAAAAUAAGAAUACCAAUUCUCAAACAGAAAAUAUUAGGGGGAAACCAAGUGUCUUGUUGGAUUAUGAUGUGAAAUUCCCACCAACCACGGACAAUUUCAGUUUUCUAGCUAGCGAAGUAGAUCGAGAUCUUGAUGUUGGUCAUUCUGCCAGUGAUAAAAAUGGGAGAAAUACUGAUCUUGAAUCAUUUAUCAAAAACUACACACCACAAUUUCCAAAUAUUGACACCAGUGGAGAAAAAAGAACUUGUGAUACCACAGCUGGAGGUCUUGACUUUUUAAUUCCAGUUGGUGCAGAUCUCACUAUGUCCAAUUUAUAUGACGAGGAACCUUAUCUACAAUCAAAGGAUAUAUCUCUUGGAGCGUGUUUAGCACCAAAGGAUCAGCAUAUGUUUGGAGUGAGAGGACCAGUUCAGUCGUCUUGGAGCCCAAGCUGCCUCUCUGCAGAGUGCCAGUUUGGCUGUGAAAUGGAUAUGAAUUCUGAUGUUGGCUUCAGCUCUCAGAUAUGUGAAUUCUGCCAGGCUAUAUUUCCAGCUGGAGCUGCAACCAAAGGAGAGUUUCUGAGACAUAUAACUGGGCAUGUGGAAUGAGCAUCAACAUCUGCUGACUCAUAAAUGAAUGUACCAGUUUGGUACUGGAGUCAGAAUUCUCCAUGGUGACCUUAAAAAUACUCUUCUGUGGCACUGUGGUUCUUUCUAUCUCAAUAAAGAUGUAACAUGGUUUUUUUUCUUUAGGUAUAAUGAUUCAGAAGAGCCCUAUCUACUGUCAUAUGUACAAAUUAUACAUGUGCAGUAGUUCAUUGCAACCAAUCAGCUAUUAGCUUUGAUCAUUCUAAUGAGGGAGGCCCAAUAAAUUGUAGUAUUGUGCUGUGGUUUGUUGUUUUUUCACCACAUUGUGGUCCAAUUACUCCCACUUGAAAUAUUGAGCCUAUCUGUGUGAAGCUGCGCUUGAGGCCUUUGUCUAAAAGGGUAGGAUGUCCUGCAUAGAUUUAGGGUCAGGGUACACGCUUAGAUUUGGGGAGAUUAGUCGCCCGGGGACAAAUCACCUCUUCUUCGGGGUGAUUAAUCUCCCUAAACUGCCUCCCGCCAGCAGGAUGGCACUUGGAGCACUUUGUUUUCCGAAGUUGCCUCACGAGGAAACUUCGGCGUUAUGGCACUUCCCUCUUUGAGCACCAUCCUGUCUGCGAUUUACAUUCUAGCUGGCGGGAGGCAGUUUGGGGAGAUUAGUCACCUCAAGGAAGAGGAGAUUUGUCACCAACGACUAAUCUCCCCGAAUCUGAGCAUGUACCCUUACUCUUAAAUGUGAAACCAUCAAAAGGGCAUUAUUAUGUAUAACAGGAAGCAAAUAGAAACAGGCUUCUGUGGUUGUGGGGCAAGAAGUGGGACUAAACUGUUAUAUUGGAGUUGGUUUUUAUUAAAAUGUUAUGUCUGAAACGUAUAUGUUCAAAAACUCUACUUUUACUGUAUGUACUAUAUUCUUUGUUAAGCCUAUUUCAUGCAGGUGCAAUACCCUUGUUCCCUUUAUUGCAUACAGCUUUCACCAAUCUCUCUCAAGAACACUGCAAGUGUUUCAAGGUUAUGAAGAGUGUUAAAAGAGGAUUGCAAUUAUUAUACAGUAUUUCAAACAGCAUACAGUCUCAAAAUUCCCAUAUAACAAGUUUAUUAUCAGGGCUACCUUAUGGCUGCAGUUUUUGCUGAAUUGCCCUGAAUUGGGGACCUCAACAGGAAAAGUCGCCAAAAUGCAUUGAAGUCUAUGGGUGGCAAAUUUUAUUGACACACGAAAAAUUCAAGCAAAUUUUUUUUUCACCCAUUGAUGUCUAUGGGUUGAGAUUUGGCGAAAAAUUUUGCUCAUUACUAGGAUAGUUAUUUAUCAUGGUCCGAAUUUAUCUCAAUAUCGGCUGCUACAAACUCCGAUCUAACCCGCUCGAGUUUUUAAUGCUUAUUUAUUACAUUUUCCUGAAAAUUACCUUCGUGGGAAAAGCUCAGAUUUUCGCGAUUAUAUCUGGAAUUUUCCCCCAAACACUCAGAAUUUUUCUGAGUUUUCACCCGAAAGCUCAGAAAACAUUGUGAAAUUGCCAGAAACCCCCGACACAACCAAA